AUGCAGUGUAAAAGAACAGAGAUAACAGGAAGACAUUCGAGAAGGGAAAGGGAUGAAGCUGCCAAUUUGCGCAUUGAUACAGAAGAAGAGUUUUGGGCAUCAAAUAAACGCUAUCAAGAUGUUGAGGAGCGUCGGUUGAAGGAAUGGGAGAAUUAUCAGAGAAGUCAUCGAUCUACUGAAGAGCAGCAAUCUUCUCGCGCCUUCUUAGAUGUGUCAAUUGGCGAUGUUAUUGCUGGACGGCUGAUACUGGAGCUAUUCGAGGAUGCUGUGCCCAACACGGUGCGAAACUUCAGAGCCUUGAUUACAGGUUCAUGCGGCAUGGACCCUGUGCUUGGUAUUAAAUUGGAUUACUUGGGUACGCCUGUGCAGCGUGUGGAUCACAACAGAAAACUCGUCGUGCUUGGUGGGUUGGACUCAUUUAAUCUCUCCUCCACAGGUGCGCCUGUUCGGGAUGAGGGUUAUCGUCAACGCCACACAGAGCGAGGUCUGCUUACUAUGAUUUCUGAGGGACCCCACACAAUCAAAUCCGUCUUUGGUAUCACACUCGGACCAUCGCCUUAUCUGGACUUUAAACAAGUCGUUUUCGGCAGGGCUGUGGAUGAUCUCACUCUAUUAGACAAAUUGGAGGCUCUACCGAUUGACAGUGUGGGUCGUCCUACUAUCCCUGCUGUCGUUACGUUUUGCGGUGCACUCACUGGUUUGAGACCAAGCGGUACAUGGCCGCUUGUCAAGGAGACAGAGGAAAAUGCGGCAGACGAAAAUGAUGCGACUGAGCAUAAAAGGGAUCGGUAG